CAUCUAUCGAAAUAAGGCUGUAUGGCUUAGUUCCUUUGCCUGCUCUUUCGAGUGAAUAAUAAAAACAACAAUCUAUCGAAAUACCGCCACAAAAAUAAAUCCUAAAUUCCAUAUUUAUAUUACUAUCCUUGUGAUAAUUUAUAACAAGUUCAAACAUCCACAAUGAGUCGCAAAGAAGCACUUUCGUCCUUUAUACAACAAAUUCACGGACGGCCAGUUGUUGUGAAGCUAAACAGCGGUGUUGAUUAUAGAGGAGUUUUGGCUUGUCUCGAUGGUUACAUGAACAUAGCCCUCGAACAAACUGAAGAAUAUGUCAAUGGACAACUAAAGAAUAAAUAUGGAGAUGCUUUUAUCCGUGGAAAUAAUGUCCUGUACAUCAGUACGCAGAAACGGAGGAUAUAGCUAAGGCCAAGGCUAAGGCCUUAAGUUAUCUCUAAGUUGAUGUAAGUGAAUUUAACUACGAUAAAUAAAAACUUGAAUUUUCCAA